AUGGGAUUGCUGUUUGCGAAAUUGUUUAGCUGGUUUAGUAACGAAGGUAAGACAUUAGCUUAAGUUAUACUUUUGGUGCGUGUUGUAUAUGCAAACGAAUGAUGUUCUUCUCAAUUUUAACUUAUGUCUGUAACUUUUAUCUUUUACCGAUGUUCUUUGUAAAGUUUAGUUUAAUAAGAUGGGUGUUGAGACGUCUUUAAAACGAAUGACCGAGUUGAACUACAGAAUUUGUGUCGGUACUCUUUAUGGGUAUUGAUCCCGAAAAGAAACGAUCUUGAAUUAUAUGAUUAUCAAAAUUGAAUGAAUCAAAUUAUAAUUGUAUUGCGAAGUGGCACGUUCCUAGUAAUAUUUAAAAAUGAUAAAGGCUCUGAUUUUGAGUAAUUUUUCUCAUUUUCUCUUUUUAUUCAUGUCUUACGAAAAAAAAAUUGACCGAAAAGAUGUUAUCAUUGGACAUACGAUAUACUGUUAGCUCGACAAAUUUUCUCGUCAUACCAUCUUGAGCGGAGUAUAUCUAUGGAACGAGAGGAGUGAAUACUGAAUCUAUUUUAUCUUUCAUAUUAUGUACGUUAAAAGGGUCAACAGAAUACUUAAUAAUAGGAAGAAAUUUGUCACAAUCACGGCAGGUUACAUAAGUGCCCUCGCAAAUAUAAAAUAAUUUACACAAAUAAUUAUUGUUUUAUUUGGGUUUUAUUACGGGUCCAGUUGGAACAAACAUUUCCACAGGAGCCACUACUUGAUCUUAAAGAUAGUCAGCGGGAAAUUAAAGAUUCUAAUAGUUAUGAUAAACCUAAGCCCCUUUGGUGUGUAUGUUUUUUUUUUAACAGUGUAUGUAUUGUUUUGUCUUUUUUUGGGGGGGGAGGGGUGGGAGGGGAUUUUCAUCUGUGGGAUCAGAGUUGUCUAUCAAUAAAGUCACUUUUCUUCAUUUUACUCUAACUGUGCUCACAUUUUUUAAUUUGAAUGUUAAAGCUGUUUAAAAACACAGCUUUAAAGAGCAAUCCCCACUUGUGACACAGGCGUAAACAUACGUAUGAACCUAAAUUCAGAUGUCAUGUGCCGAUACAGAAGCAAAAAGUUCCAGCACUACUUAUGUUGAUGCCAAAGUUCAAUAUUUUAUUUACACAUAAAGUUUUAUGCUUUUGUCAAGUAUGUACAUAAGUUACCGGUAGAUACCUACAAUUUGGAAAAACAUCUGUGUCUUUAAAAUAACUGUUACGGGAAAUCUGGUGCUAUUGUGGCUAUAUUUGCAUUAGCCUGUACAGUUGCCUCCUUCCCUCAGAAAAAAGUGGAGAAAGAGGCCCUGCCAGGAGAGGUCCCAUGUCGCCAGUCUGAAUUUAAAACGUCUCGUGUCAGGGUUUAUUAAUGCUUGUUGCUUAUUGUCGGCUUUGCAGUCACUGUCGCAAGAGGGAGGUUGUCUCUUGUCACGAUUUCAUUUUACACGCUGUUGCUACUUUUUGGGCCAUGUCGCUUGUCAAAAUUUACCCUGGCAGGGCCUCGAGAAAGGGCUUCUCUGUUUUUUUUUUCUGAGGGGAAGGUGCGCCUGUACAUAGGCUACCUUACUGGUUCUUAAUUUAGUAGGUCUUUAAUUUCACAUUUUUGGUGAUUGUAAACAAAUCACAGAAUAAAAGACCUUCCAUUGAAAAUCCUCAGGAAAUUUAAAUCCCUUUUCUCAUAUUUUCCUAUUUAAAUUGCAAAAAUAAAACCCUGCGAAAUACUGUCUUCCCAAAAUGGUGAAAUUAAGUACCUGCAAAAUUAUACCAAUAAGGUAUAGUUGCAUAUUAUUUUAGAAGUUACUUGUUUGGACUAUUUAAACAACUGUGGCAGAAUGUUCUUACAGCUCUGUCCACUCUUCAGUUUUCAAUUCCCUGGCAUGCACUUCUGUUAUGCUUCUGUUUUGGCUGGUUUUUUAAUUUUCAAGUGUGAUCAGAAAAGGUGGUUACCCUGUUAGAGGUCAUGUUUACGUUUCUAGGAAACUGUCCACCUACCCCUCCCCUAAGCCAACGUUUUGCCCCAAGUGAGAAGUAAAAAUGGUUAAUGUUGGCUUAGGGGAGGGGUAGCAGGACCGGACACGAUGACCGGGGCCAAAUAAAUUUUUGCUAGGUCAUCUCAUUUUUGACUGGUCAAAAACAUGGAAAAAAGGUGAACUAAUCCUUGUGUAAUUUAAUCAGUGAAUGUGAUCUAACGUGAAAUCUAAGAUUUACCGGUGAGGAUUUGAAUGUUUGUUCAAGACAUACGUGAACAGUCAACAUGACCAGAGAGUAGAGCUUUUGGCCGGUCAAGAUAACAUUUUGGCGGGACAUUGUCCAUUGACUGGCCAUUAUUUUGAGCCCUCGGUAGGUGGGAAGUUUCCCAGAAACCUUAUGUGAUCCCUAAAUUGUCCAGGUUUCUUUGGUUUCAGGAAGAAUGCUUAAAUGUGUUCAAAGUUGCUAAAUUUCAUACACUCAGGGCUGUCAUUGAGAGCCAGGGGCCGGGAAUUUUCCCAGCUACUUUCAUUGGAAAAUAGAAGAAAAAUAGAACCAAAAGAAAUCCCCAGCUGUUAGAUCCCCCUGCAUACUUGUUGUUUUUACCCGGCAACUUGAAAUCUUAGUGACAACCUUGGUUAUGCUUUAAACACACUGCUUUUGAAAACAGCCGCCUCUCUUCAUUCUUCAUUGCUGAGAGGGUUUCACCUGAGAAAAAUUCCAUAUGGGUUUGUUGCAUAUUUCCCAGCAAAUUGAAAUCUUAGAGACAACACAGAUACACCUAUCAAUAUUAUAGUCAUUUAUGUACUUCAUUUUCUUUAAUAGAACACAAGGUGAUAAUUGUUGGGUUAGACAAUGCUGGAAAGACAACAAUUUUAUAUCAAUUGUGAGUAUUUAGAAUUUGAUAUUUAUUUCUUAGUAGAGGGUGUGCUUUAUGGUCAAUAAAAUAUGUGCAUGUACAGUGUGUGAUCUUUUUCUAGUGAAACUCUCUGUUUUCACUGCACGCCAUCAAAAAUAAAAGUGCAAACCAUUCAAUACAGAAUGUCCAGAAUCUGGGAAAUAAAAGAAGAUAAAUAUACAAAAAGCCUCAUCAAAAGUCAGAUCUGUGUGAUAUUUCAUUUGGGAGAUAUUUGGAAAAACGAUAUACCCAAAUUUAUAAAGCUUUGUAUGGAGACGCCAUGUUGGUGUCCCUUCAAGAAUAGAAAAGUUGUCUGUGGUACAAUGUAUUAUUGCAGCUACAAUCUGCAGCAGCCUUUCUCCCAUAUUUAAGGGUUUUCUAGUAAUUGAACGAUCCCCAAAUUUUCUGGUUGAUCAGUAACAUAAUUAUCAUGAAAAAAAUCAUCAUCAUCAUCAUUAUAAUUUAUUUUGUCCUAAGCAAAGACCCCUUAGACUAAAUUAAUGUAGUUCUUUACAGACCACUCUAUCAGCCUUCACAACUUUCAGGUCCUGUACUCCAAUUCCACUGUACCUCACUAUGAUGCCAGGAGUUGAUCAAUGUGUAGUUUUUAUUGGGAAGCAGCUUUUUGUUUUUACAGGAUGAGAAAGGAUAUGAUGUUUUCCCAGGGCUGUCAUUAAGGGCCAGGGCAGGGACCAGGGAUUUCCCUGGCCACUAUUUAAGCAUAAACCUCGGCUACUUUCUUAGGAAAAAAAAAGAACCAAAAUAAUUUUCUAGCUUUUAAAUUCCCAACCUGCCUAUUGUAUGUACCUGGUAAUGAAAAACUUAGUGACAGGCCAAUUUCCAUUUUAGCUUGGUAGCAAAGUGCACCAUUUUUUGCUUUAUCAUCUGGGAUGAAUGUGGCAGAUCACCAUAGAUCUCCUCUAAGGUGACUGAUGAGUCUGGGAUGCUGUGUUUUUAAAAAAUCCUUUUUCUGCUUGAGUUUUGUAUUUUUGGAAGGCUAGUUCUUCUUGACUAACCAGUGACUACCUUUUUGACCCUCUUCAAGCUGGAAUUCAUAAUAAUUAUUCAUCCUGAAACUGGAAUAUUGUUAUGUGUGCAGAAUGUCUGUCAUUAUCCAUAAAGAAAAAAAUACAGAAUUUAUACACCAGUGCAUCUACAGAUAUUGCAAAGUGUAGUAGUUAAUAUUUUUUUGUGUUGCAGUUUAAUGAGUGAAGUUGUUCAUACAUCACCAACAAUAGGCAGUAAUGUAGAAGAGGUAAGAUUAGUUUAACUGCUCAACAGCUUACUGUACUUUUUCUGCCUUUUUUGUUGUUACCUUUGUCAAUGUUAAGUUCCCCUCAGUAGUGGAUGUUUAGAACUGUUCAGGUCUGCAAAUAUACUCCAAAUAGCAGAUGUUAUCCGUCAAUUUGUCUUUCUUGCUAUGUUUUUAGACAAUAGUUUGUCGUGGAACGAGUAAAAUGUUCCGCAGUGUAACAGUACAACCUAAUGGUGCAACAGUAGCUGGUUAUGAUGAAUUAUGUGUCUGUUUUUAGCAAAUCAGAAACAGAGAAAUAUUUUGAAUGAUUAAUGAAUUAUAACAAUUAACAUCAAAGCAUCUUCCCUUUUGGUGAUCAUUGUAUUUAUUCAAAUAACCUUUUUUCUUGAUGAUUUUUCCCUACCUGGACUGAACAUUUUUUCUCUCUCUUGUUUGUGACAUUUGUGAUUUAAUUUGUCCCUGACUGAUUGAGAGUGGAAUUUAAUGUUUUCCAAUACUUUGGUUUUGUAUUGUAGGUAGUAUGGAAGAAUAUUCACUUUUUAAUGUGGGACAUAGGAGGACAAGAGUCUUUACGAUCAGCGUGGAAUACAUACUACACAAACACAGAAGUAUGUUUGAUCAUGAAUACACAUAAAUGAAAUUUAACGUUACUACGUUCGGCCAAAUUGCCCAACUCUGCAAAAUCGUUGGCUACAAGAAAUUACCACAGUUACAUCUACGCGUAUUUUGUAAAUUAAAAAAUAAUUAUCGCCAAGACUAGUGGAAGUCAGGGUUCAUGCUAUUCCUUGAAGUCCUUGUAAUUUUAGAUUUCAAAAGUGCUUGAAAAUUCCUCAAACCAGUUUACUACUAGUAUAUCAAAGUAAUUUCUGUGCAGUUUACCAGUGUACACUGUAUAUACACCUGUACUUCUUUGACUCUCCAGAAGCUCCCUGUAAAUUAUCUAACUUUUACUCUUUUUCUUGUCAGUUUUUAAUAGUAGUUGUAGAUAGCACAGACAGAGAAAGACUUCCUGUAACUAAAGCAGAACUCUAUAACAUGUUGAAUCAUGAGGUAAGAAGCCUUUUCUUUGUACAGUCAACUCUCUUUGUCCAUCCUAGAGAGUUAUUCCUUGAACACAUUGGGCCAAUUAUUUAAACAGUUUAGCGCAUGUUUAACAGAACCAAAUUUCUAAGUCAUUUUCAGUUUGCCCAAUGCUUUUGUCUAAACACCAUUUUUCGUGAACAAUUUGAAUUAAUCAUAAAGCAUAGACUGGAAAAGCACUUAUUUUCUUAAAUAAAACCCUUAGGAAAAAGAUCUGGAGGUUCAGUGAUUUCUUAAACCGCGGUCAAAGUCACAAUUCGUUUAAAUAACCGGCCUAUAGCUUUUGAAUACAGGUGCCAGUCAUCUUUUGCCGUUGCGGAGGGGGUUUUGCAUGAGAGGUGUCUGGGUUUUAGCCUCAAAAAUUCCAUACAGAUUACAUAAAUCUACAUGUAAUUAACUGGUAGUCAUGGGGUUUUAGAUGUAAAUUUGUCUGUUCCUUCUUGUGUACAGUGUAUUCUCAAAACAGUUUGGGUCAUUGCUGCAAAUGUUAGGCCAGGAAAAAUGAAAUGCUUUUCUUAAAUAAAGUACAUAUAUGUUCUCAGAAAAUGAGCAUGUCUUGGUAGAUUCAGUGACAUGUUGUACAUUAUUUUGAUAUUUGUGACCUUUCAUCUUUUGUUUGUGCAUUAUUAUUUACUAUAACCGGGGCCAGUGUUGGGUGAGAAAUUAUUGGCAAAUCUUUUUUUAUGUUAUUGUUUACAUCUUACCUCAUUAGCCUACUACUUAACUCAUCUAAGAAGCUGGUGUCGUAUGUAUAUACAAACUAAAAUCGAAAGUUGAAAGAGCUGAUUACAUUGAGCAAUUAGUGCAAUUUUCAGCUCUUUGCAAGCAAUACUGAAGAGAAUAUCAGCCAUCAAAAACUGAAAUUGCUGGAUGCCAAAGAAGUUAAUGAGUCAUAUAUAUGUACAUUUUUUGUAAAAUUUUGAGUUUUCAAAACAGAAUUUCUAGGAAACCAUCAGGUACAGACUGUAUAUCAGGCUCAAAAUAUCACUGAAAUAUAUCGCUGAAGUCAUUAUGCUCUUUCAGUAUUCAGAGAUGUUAUUUUAUUAGCUUUAUCAGAUAAUGGUGAGCAUACAAGUAUGUUAAUGAGGCAAAAAAUGUAAACCAGGACUCACCUACAGACGUUCUUUUUUCCAAGACGUUGACUGAUUCAAUUAUGACCUUUAAAUUACUCUUUUAUGCCAUUCAUCACUUUAGGAUUUAAGACAAGCUGCAGUGCUCAUAUUUGCCAACAAACAGGAUAUAAAGGUUUGCUGUUUUGUUUGUAUGUGUAAUCAGAUGGUGAUGAGAGAAAUUAGGGAAUAAUUUCACGAGUGUUUUGUCCAAUUCAUAAUAAUUUCCCUUGCCUUUCGGGAGAACUCAGAGAACUCCACGCUCUAAAAAGUUUAGAGCUUAAAUUUGGCUUAAGUUCAGAAUUUUCAGAAUGUCUCGACAACAUACCUGUUAGAAUCCUUCUAAAUGUGCUCUUUCAUGUGUUUAGGUUUUCCAAAGCGUGUUUUAAUGCCCUGACAUUGUCAUUCAUAAAAUUUUGAAACUUUGUCGCCAUCUUGGCACUGAGACUUAUAGAAGGUUGCCAUGGCAAUUUUGUAAUUUCACUUGUGAAAUUACAAAUUAAUGCUGAAAUUUCACUCAAAGAUUAGGAGUAAUUCGUCACCCAUGAUAUUAAGUUAUUUACCUUCGGAUGCCCAAUUAAAGAUGCUUUGUGAUUUAACAAUGAUAUUUUUUGACAUGACAAAAGAACAUUACAUUGUAACAUGAUCAUUAUGUUAUGUUUAAUGAGCUACAGUAAUCAUUUUAAUUAAUGAGGCUGGGAUGGUUAUUAAGCCUAGGGGUGAGGGAACAAGUGCCCCCCCCCAAAAAAAAAACUGCGCUCCUUUUCAUGGGCCCUAUUUGUAAAGGAAAGGAUUUUGCAUUUCAAACUUGAUGAUACCCUGUUCUAGAAAUACUUGUUUCUCUGUCAGUAUUGUCACCCUUGUGUGUUCAAAAUUAAUAUUAUACCCCAUUCCAGGAAACGUCACAAAAUUAAUAGAUACCCGAUUCAAGAUCAGGAAUGCCAAUCUCACUUCUUCACUAAGUGUGAAAGACAAUACCUGUAUGGGUCUCUUUGAAGGAGGAGGGAGAGGUGGGGGGGGAGGUGUUGGUGACCCUUGGAAUGCAUAGCAAUCAGCAAAUGGCUGUCAUACAUUACAUAGAGCUGUGGAACUUCAAUAUAACGAACCUCUAUAUAACAAAGUCCUCAGUAUAACAAAUGAUUUUCUUUACCCCAGGCCCAGUAAUAGUAAAACAUAUGGAAACUACCGUAUUUAUUCGACUAUAAGCCGAUAUCGGCUAUAAGCCGAGACCCCAAACUUUGAACGUGUAGACUCGGCAUAACGAGAACCAAAAAUAAAUCGAAAACACCCGGCUAUAAGCCGAGACCCAUUCAUUAUUACAAGACUGAAUUGUUAACUACGGCAAAACCUAACAUUUUCGGAAAAAACUCACAUUGAUUGUCAUAAAUAAGGCUCAGACGAUAACACACACACGCGUAUACACGAGAUGCAAUGGUGAUUUAUUAUGCAAAAAGCUUCCCUCUUAGAAAACGCAUGCGAAUUAAUAACUAUUACCCGUAACUAACUAUUCAAUUGAAAAGCAAUGAAUCAUAACUCAGAUGAAUUAAUGUGAUCCAAAAAAUGAAUUUAAAACUAACUGUGUUGUUAAGCGGCAUCACCAGUACCUAGACAUCCGUAGCGUCUAUCAAACAAUCUCGUGUUCGCAAUCGUUUAUUUCAAGUCAAGUUGUCAUCAUGCCCAAGGCUCGUCGCACGUGAUACAACCUAGCGCUUAAACUUAAAAUAGUCACCGAAGCAGAAGCUGUUGAAAAUAACUCUGAAAUCGCCAGAGAAUAUGGCAUUAGUGAGUCCAUGGUCCGUCGCUGGAGGAAAGAUCAAGCGAACCUUUUUAACGGCGAGAUUAGAUUGUCAGCGAAACGGAAAACGAUGGGAUGCUUCACGCCGAAGUAUCCGGAGCUCAAUCAAAGAAUACUAGAAUGGUUUACAGAGCAGAGAAGCCAAGGUAAGUUUUUGUCGAGCAUUGAUUAACAGAAACAAGAUCACGAAGUAAAUCAAUCAGCUGAUUGCUGAGUGAAUAUGAGUUGAAUGUGUGACUCUCAAAACUAUCGUAGUAUCAUGUGACAACAUGGUGUAUGAAAGAUUCUCAUUGGCCAGUUUUCACAAAUGUCAAAACAAAUUCAACACGUGUCACAUUUUUAACCUUUCGAUCGUUUCUUCUCACUUCGUUUUGCAUCAGGCAUAGCUGUUAGCCUGGUUUUGCAUAGGAAUAGCUGUUAGCGGAUCGAUGGUACGUCUAAAGGCAAAGGAAUUCAGCGAGGAUCCUGAGUUUAAAGCGUCCCUCGGCUGGAACCAGAAAUGGAAGCGCCGCCAUUCCGUCAGCCUUCGCACCAAAACAACACCCGCUCAGCAGAUUUGGAGCAGCAAACAGUCAAGUUCCAUCGAUUUGUAAUCACAUCCCGUCAGCGUCACGGUUAUUCCCUAUCAAGAAUCUUUAUCUUUUCUGUGAAAACACAUUAAAUUUAACAAACGGCUCCUUUAGCAGCCACCACAUUCUUAAAAGUUAAUAACCAACGAUUGCAUAUUGUGUUUCUUUACUUUAGCUCGGCUUAUACGUAAAUACAUCUCGAUUUAGUAGAGUUUCCAUGCGCCGGAAAAAUUUUUUUUUUUCAAAACUUUCGGCUAUAAGCCGAGACCCCCUCUAGAGCCCAAAUUUUAAUUCACUUCAGUUUUAAUUUGUGUAAAAAUCGCUCGGCUUAUAGUCGAAUAAAUACGGUACCUCGAUAUCACAAAACCUUGUUAUAGUGAACAAAUUUUGCUAGUCCCAUGGCACAUUGUUAUAUCAAGGUUCCACUUUACUAUACAUUACUGAGGUUUCCUUAUCUUCACUGAUCACAGUUCCAAUGCACACUUAAAGGCCUUUUGGAAAGAGGCCCCAAGUUACUCAUGAUCUUAUGUCAAAUUCUCCCUUUAUUUCACAGACAAAAAAAAAAGAAAUUUUUUAGUCAACCUUUGUUUCAAGCACCCUUUCAUUAGCUGAAUACUGUCAUUUCUUAUUGUUGGCCUUCCGAGUGGUAUUAUUCCUCCCAGACUCCUCUCCUCCUAUUCUAACCCCACUUACCCAUCUGAGAUUUCACUUUUAAAUUUAAUAGUUGUGUGAACCUAACAAGGGACUGAUUUUUCUCAGGGUUCUAUGAGUGUAGCUGAGAUAUCAGAGCAAUUAAAUCUUACUUCUAUUAAAGAUCAUGGAUGGCAUAUACAGGUACAAAAAUAAGAAUGCAGACAUUCAGUGUAUUGAACAGUUAUUUGUUGGUCAAUUUUUAUUCUUAAGGAGAGUCACAAUCAAAAGCCAAUCUAUUCUCAGUAGCAAAUUAACCUGUUAAGGAAAUACCAUGGAAGAACUGACUGCCUUAUUUAUGAGAUGUUCCUAAAACUGACUUUAAACAGUUAUCAGUGUCCCACAACUUUUCACGUACAUGUAGUUAUGCACAUUCUAAAUUAAUUUUGUUACCACAGAAUUGUUAGUCUAUUUAUUUUACUUUCUUUACUAUAUUGCUAACAAUCUUGCCAUAAUUUAGGCUUUGUCGAUCACAGUAUUUUGUUAUCACAUAGUAGUGCUUUUUAAUGCUCAUUUUCAUUUUAAGUUGCUUUCUGGAAUCUUUCUUUAUUAGAGUGUAUUGUUGUUUAUUUUGUCUAUUAGAUGCGUGAAUAUUUUGAAAGUUUUAUGCUUGUAUUUAAGUGGAGCUUUCCAGGGUUCUAGGCAGAAAUGCUGAUACAGUCAACUCUCUCUAAGACGGACACCUUUGGGGCCGGCACUAAGCGUCCGUCUUAGAGAGGUGUCCAUCUUAUAGAGAGUCAAAUAAAGGGAGUAAAGAAAUGCAGGGACCAACUCUAAGUGUCCGUUUUACAGAGGUGUCUGUCUUAUAGAGGUGUCCGUAAAGAGAGAGUCGACUGUACUAUUAAAAUUUGACCCCAAGUAACUAUUAAUAUUAAUUUAAUGAUGUUGGGUUUUCCUUGCAGGCUUGUUGUGCACUUACAGGGGAGGGGUAAGUCAAUUUGUUUUAUUGUUGUUUCUUAAUCCAAGACAAUCUAUAACUUACCUCUUAAAGUCUUAAAGCACUCAGCAUCUACAUAUUACUUUGUUCAUAACAGUAUAAUAUAUUUUCUGCAGGUAUGUCAAUACAGAAAAAAAUUCUUCAAUCACCAAAAUGCUCUGCCAUCAGCGCAUAUGCUCAGCACAACAAAUAAGAAAUUUUGUAGAAAUUAUAGAUUAAAGGCUGCUUUUCACUAGCGAUGGAGUCAGAGUCGUAAUCAGAAGUGUACAUGUAGAACUUUACGAUCUGGUGAAACAGCGUUCUGAUUCUGGUUACAACUCUGUUGCUUACAAUCAAGUGAAAACUGUGUUGUCAGAGUCGGAAGCAGUUCAAGCAAAAGAACGGAACCAAUUACAAAGUGCUUCUGCUUCCGAUUCCGACAAUCUACUUUUUACUAGAUUGUAAACGACAGAAUCACAAGCAGAGUCAGAAGAAAAUGGAAAUGUUCUGAUUCUUGUGAAUCCCAUUCCAUUGUGCUCAUGGCUGUGCUUACAACUCCAAUUUUUUAUUUUCACAAGGUCAUAAGUGCUCUUACGACUCAACUUCUCUUGCGAUUCCGACUCUGACUCCAUCACUAUUGAAAAGCAGCCUUAAAGCUUUGGGCUUCUACAAUUUUUGUUACAGAACAGCCUUGUUAAAUACAAUAAUCAAGAAAAACACAUUCUCCAGCAAGUCAUUAUCAUGUUGUUUGAAAGGACACCAGAUUUUUUUCAUAAAGUUCAAUGCAGUAAUUACAGUUAACACAUAGGGCAGCAGACAUUUUAAUUAAUUUGAUAAAUGCAUAAUUUUUUCUCUUUAUUUCAGGUUGUAUCAGGGACUAGAAUGGAUUACAAAUCAUAUUAGGAAGUGAAUUUGGACUUAGUCUAUAUUUAAGCAAAUGUUCCAAAUUAUUUUAUACUGAAUAAAGGUUGCAUUUUAUAAAAAAAAAAAAUUAUAUAUGUACAAUACGAAAUCCUUUUCAUUUCUUUCUCCACUGCAUAACCAAUCUACUCUUUUGUGGGGAUUUAGCUAGAAAUUUUAAGAGUAAUAUUUAUGUAAUUUAAAUGAACAGUAAAUGGAGAGACGAAAAGGCAAAAUUCUUUUUGUCUCAAUUCCUUUGUCUCAAGCCUUUCUCAUCAUUGGUUAUGCAUUUUAUACUUAAGACAUAAGUUAAGUAUUGAAAGAUCAUAGUUAAUAACGUAAUUUCAACCUCUCACCACUGUAAUGUUAUGGGUGACAAAUUUCUCCUUAGUUUUUGCUCAAAAUUACAGCUUGAUUUAUAAUCACAAAAUUGCUAUGGCGACGUUCUGUAUACUUCAGUGUCUGGGUGGUGACCAGGUUUAACAGUGUUGCAAAUGAAGAUGUUAGGGCGUUAAAAGAUGCAACAGAAAACCUAGACACACAAAAGAGAAGUCUAACAAGUAUCUUUUGGAUACAAAAUUCAUAGAACUGUGAGCUUUAAGAUAACUUUUCAGUGCGUGGAGUUUAAGCAAAUCACGAUUGUGAGCAUAAUUUGCCACCCAUGAUGUUAAUAGGGAAUCAAAUGGUAUACCUAAGAAAUAAGGAAAUAAUUUCACUUGUGUUUUGUGAAAAUUCCUAUGCGUAUUUAUUUCCUGAUUUCACUCUUCACAAUUUGAUUACAGCGUCGAAACUGCUCAAGAUAACUGCCCAUUGUACAUCACGUGACACUUGCAGACUUGAUCCUCUGUCUUGUCGGAUAUGAAGAGUGCACGCAUACAGAAAUAAUUAUUAUACAUUUGUACAACUCCCAUAAUACACCUUGUCGCCCCCCCCCCCCCCAAAAAAAAAAGGGUUCUGGUAUCAUCUUCACUGAUUGUGCUGUAACCAAUCACGGCAAAGAUCAGGACACGUGAACUAGCCACAAAACCCCAAACAAAUUAACGUUCUGGCUUGCAGUUUAGUUUCUCGCAACACAAUAACAUUCUAGAAGUAUUUCUUGUGUUCACGAUUUUCUCAGUUUGACUGCAAUUUCUCCUGGGUGUUGCAGUCAUCCCAAGCGAAAUUGAACACAAUGCUUAUGCAUUUUUUUUUGGGGGGGGGAGGGGAGGGCAGGGGCAUACAAUGUGUAUCAUGGGAGAUGUGCUAAAUGUGAGUGCCCAGUUUCAGAGUAGAGCAGUCCCGCCAGUAUUGUCACGUGAUCCACAAUGAAACAAAUCUGAGAUAAGGACUAGAGUAAUAAAUUGUACAUUUUUAUCUUUUGGGUCUGUGGAUCAAACCGCGGAAAACCUUGCAAACGAGUAAUUUACCCAUCUAGAAAACAUGUGACCCAGUUAAAGUAAAACAGUAUUUAGCUGCAAUUUUAUCCCUCUUUUUUCAUAGAAGGCUUCUCUGUGCAAAUCUUUGGUUGCGUGAAACGUUCUGGAAGCAAUGGCAAAAAGACUUUAUUAAGGAUGACUUUUUUCAGAAAUUAGGCCUUGUUUUCCUGGUUUCUGUUCAAAACGAUGCUUCUUGAAUUUAAGGUUUCUUCUAGUGACGUUUCAAACGGCUAUGGGUCUCGCGAGCUUUUUUGUUUCUUUUAGUUUUUUCUUUUCACUUAAAAACAAAAAAACAGCUAUUUUAAUCGGAAAAAUGUAAUCUUAGAUAAUUUCUAAUUGAUAACCUCUCUUGAAAUUGCUUGUAGCGUUGUGUCAGUACUGUUUGUUUCUUUGUUUGUUAUUUUCUAAAUGGCAAUUGGUAUUUUUUCUUUAUUUUGUAUUUUGUCCUCUUGUCGUCUUCUGAAAGGGCUACUCUUAAGCAGCCUUCGUUUAUUUAUGUUAAGUUACUCACACGCAAGGGAUGGUUGACUCAAUUCUAAGUUUACGAUCACUACCUUGAUCAAAGAUCAGCAGCUUAAUUAAAUAAUCUCUGAAAAUGAAAUCGGCAUUGUAAAUAAACUUGUGGAC